UGGAGCCGCGGCGCGCUGAGCGAGCAGGCUGGGCGGGGAGGCGCGGGGCGGGAGCGCCCACAGCUCGGAGCCGCCAGGCGCUGACGAGGAGCCCGGCUGAGGGAGGAUGCGCGGGUGACGCCUGCGGGAGCUGCACGCCCGGACGGGAGGAUGCUCCCGAGGGGCCUCUGGCGGUGGCGCGCGCGGCUGCUGUCGACCCCUGGCACCUGGGGCCCAGCGAGCCCGUGGCCGCUGCCGCCGCCGCCCCAGGUUUUGUAUGUGAAGCUGUGUGGAAAUGUGAAAUACUACCAGUCUCACCAUUAUAGUACCGUGGUGCCACCUGAUGAAAUAACAGUUAAUUAUAGACAUGGCCUUCCCUUGGUAACACUUACUUUGCCAUCUAGAAAAGAACGUUGUCAAUUUGUAGUCAAACCAAUGUUGUCAACAGUUGGUUCAUUCCUUCAGGACCUACAAAAUGAAGAUAAGGGCAUCAAAACUGCAGCCAUCUUCACAGCAGAUGGCAACAAGAUUUCAGCUUCCACCUUGAUGGAUAUUUUGCUAAUGAAUGAUUUUAAACUUGUCAUUAAUAAAAUAGCAUAUGAUGUACAGUGUCCAACGAGAGAAAAACCAACUAAUGAGCACACUGCCGAGAUGGAACACAUGAAAUCCUUGGUUCAUAGACUCGUUACAAUCUUGCAUUUAGAAGAGUCUCAGAAAAAGAGAGAGCACCAUUUACUGGAGAAAAUUGACCACCUGAAGGAACAGCUGCAGCCCCUUGAACAGGUGAAAGCUGGAAUAGCAGCUCAUUCAGAAGCCAAAACCAGCGGACUCCUGUGGGCUGGAUUGGCACUGCUCUCCAUUCAGGGUGGGGCACUGGCCUGGCUCACGUGGUGGGUGUACUCCUGGGAUAUCAUGGAACCAGUUACAUACUUCAUCACAUUUGCAAAUUCUAUGGUCUUUUUUGCAUACUUUGUAGUCACUCAACAGGAUUAUACUUACUCAGCUGUUAAGAGUAGGCAAUUUCUUCAGUUCUUCCACAAGAAAUCAAAGCAACAGCAUUUUGAUGUGGAGCAAUACAACAAGUUAAAAGAAGACCUUGCUAAGGCUAAAGAAUCCCUGAAACAGGUGCGCCAUUCUCUCUAUUUGCAAAUGCAAGUAGAAGAACUCAAUGAAAAGAAUUAAUCUGACAUUUUUACAUGUCAUCGGAUUUUCCAUUUUGUAUUGAUUUUGCAACUUAGGAUGUUUUUGAGUCCCAUGGUUCAUUUCAAUUUGAUUGUUCAAUCCUUUUUUUGUUAUUAAAUUCUUGUAAAACAGAAGUAUUGUUUGAAGUUCUCAACUGAGAUUUUUACUCUUUGGAUUUUUAAGACUUGCUAAUGUUAGAAAGGGCUUGUAUGCGUCUAUCAAAGCAACAGUGGCUGCUGUUAGCUAAAAAUCCUUGUCAGCUUGUCCCAUGUUUAUUCUCUAUGUGAAGGUGAAAGGGUCUGUGCUUGGCAUUCACUUUCAUUCUUAGACUUAAUUUGGAAUCAUCUUUUUUUAAAAAAAUCAGAGACCAGGUCUCACCAAAUCAAAACUCCUGGGCUCAAGCAACCCUCCUGCCUCAACCUCCCACGGAAUCAUCUUGUCAUUAACUUUUUUUUAAUAUGCAAUAGUUGGGAGUAAGAUCUUUUUAUCAUUUAUCAAAAAGGCAUAAAUGUUCCACCGACCAUAAAGUAUAGCUGGUACUAACUUCACCUGAAACAGUGUAUAUAAACGAUUGCUUUUGAACUUGCAAAUCACAAGUUUCAGGUAUUGAAGCCGAAACAGUUAACCUUCUUCAGCCUCUGACAGAUUAUUAACAAAACAGUAUUACCCAGAUUCUACAUAUUAAUAUGAAUUGAACCUUGAAAGUAACACCUGUUAUUCUAUUAAUGUGAUCAUGUGUGAAUGGAUCUGAUGACUGUUGGACUGUUUGUAGGAACAAUGGAAGAUGCUGACAGAAUCCGAUUUUGCAGGUGUUCAGCCUAUAGUGGCUAAGAAUUAUCAUGUUUUCUAUUUCAUCCUCAGAAUGCCAUAUAACAAUUCUGGAAUGCUGAUUUGUUUAAAAGUAGGAAUUAAAGUCAUACACAAAAUGUGGUAAUUCAUAUGUAGAUGCAAUAUUAAACAUUUAUAUGACCGAGUAAAAAACAUCUAUCAGUUACACAAAUGAACAAGAAUGCGAGUUAGAAAAAUGUAGUAAAAUAUGAAUUUCAAAUAUUUUA